CGCACGCGCUCGUCAGAGAAGGCUUGUCCGAGUGCUCUGUUGUUAUGGGCCGGAGGAAAGCGACGGGUGGUGGGUCCCUCGGCCGGACCCUUAUCCGCCGUAAGAAUCUGCAGAGCCGUAGCCAGCGUCACACCGACUCCUGGGUGCACACAGCUGAACUCAGUGAUGGCUAUGAUUGGGGUCGUCUUAAUCUUCAAUCAGUGACUGAACAAAGCUCCCUUGAUGACUUCCUUGCAACUGCAGAACUUGCAGGAACAGAGUUUGUGGCUGAAAAGCUUAAUAUUAAGUUCGUGCCUCGUGAGGCUAGGACUGGACUGCUGUCUUUUGAGGAGAGCCAGAGAAUUAAGAAACUCCAGGAAGAAAACAAAGAGUUCUUGUGCAUACCAAGGAGACCAAACUGGGACAAACAAACUAGUCCCGAAGAACUCAAACAGGCAGAGAGAGAGAACUUUCUGGAAUGGAGGCGCCAGCUUGUCCGGCUGGAAGAGGAACAGAAGCUCAUACUGACUCCGUUUGAAAGAAAUUUGGACUUUUGGCGCCAGCUCUGGAGGGUCAUUGAGAGAAGUGAUAUUGUGGUCCAGAUAGUAGAUGCUCGAAACCCACUCCUGUUUAGAUGUGAGGAUUUGGAAUGUUAUGUGAAAGAACUAGAUGACCAUAAGGAGAAUGUUCUUUUGAUAAAUAAGGCAGACUUGUUGACUGCAGAGCAGCGGAGUGCCUGGGCCUCCUACUUUGAAAAAGAAGACGUGAAGGUUAUUUUCUGGUCAGCUUUGGCUGAAGCCAUCCUGCUGAAUGGCAUCCCAAAGAAGCAAGUAAAUAGAGGUGCUGGAGAAACCAACACAGCUGAGUCUGAAAACUCUGAUUUCGAUGAGGCUGGAAUUCCAUACGAUGAGACUGAACGUCUCCCAGGCAGGGGUUCUCCCUCACUUAGUGAAGGUGCCUCCAGUGAUGAAGACGACAGUGAGUAUGAGGACUGUCAGGAGGAGGAGGAAGAAGACUGGCAGACAUGUUCGGAAGAAGACAGCAACUUUGAAGAGUCCCGUGGCCAGGACUGGAAGAAAAGCUGUACUGUGGAUUCUGAUACUCAGGACAGGAGAACCCCACAGAAGAGGCAGACACACAAUUUUAGCCAUCUAGUAUCGAAACAGGAAUUACUGGAGAUCUUUAAGCAGCUACACACUGGGAAGACGGUGAAAGAUGGACAACUUACUGUUGGACUGGUGGGGUACCCGAACGUUGGUAAGAGUUCAACAAUCAACACCAUCCUGGGCAACAAGAAAGUGUCUGUGUCUGCCACACCUGGUCACACCAAGCAUUUUCAGACUCUGUAUGUGGAACCUGGCCUCUGCCUCUGUGACUGCCCAGGCCUGGUGAUGCCAUCCUUUGUCUCCACCAAGGCAGAGAUGAUUUGCAAUGGAAUCCUACCGAUAGACCAGAUGAGAGACCACGUCCCAUCUGUGUCACUAGUUUGCCAGAAUAUUCCGAGACGUGUUCUAGAAGCUACCUAUGGAAUUACCAUCAUAAAGCCUAGAGAGGAUGAAGACCCUCAUCGACCUCCAACCUCAGAAGAGCUGUUGACGGCUUAUGGAUGGUUGAUGUACUUGUUGUUUCUGCUGACCUUGCUUACACAGUAGCCUCCAAGUAGCUAACUUGGUGAUGGUUUCAGGAUCCAGCAGUAAAUGAAGCAGAACUGACUGCUGUCUGAGUAGGAUUUUACUUCAGUACGUUAAGUGCUUUUUAGAGUUAGAAAAGGAGGUGCUCUGUAUCCCUUGCCGCUUCCCCAGGUCUGUUCUCCCCUAACCUUCACUGGAGGCAUCAGAUCCCUGACGAACCACGUGUCUUCCCCUAAAGGAGGCCUAGAUGGUGGAGCUCAGGGCCCGUCAGCAGCUGCCACAGCUUCUAAAGAAAAAGCCUUUAGGGCAUUCUGAUGGUACCCAGGUGCAGACACAGGGGAUCUGAUGUGAGGCUGCUCUUGGCUUUUUCUGGGGUCUUCUUCCAAACAGAGAAGAAAAGGGACAUUGGAAAGAAAAUGAAUAGGUUUACCAGAGGAGGAUAAGGGAACAUGAGGCAGUAAGCCCCCAGAAAUUGGGACAGAGCAGAGCUUGGUUAGGAUAAGGACGUAAAGCAUCCCCCCUCCCCCCUGCCAUCUGUCCCUUGUAAACCUUGUUUGACAUUAAAAUGAACCCGUAGCUAUCCCACCUCCAUGUCUUACCCUGGUUUCUCAUGGGAUUUCUUUUUGCCUGUGUAGACAGAUUCGUGGUAUGACUUGUGUAGUCACAGAAUCAUAGAACUGGAAGGCACCUUAAAAACCACCCACCCCACUUUCCAUCCCCCCUUUAUAAGACAGUCUGAAAUCAGAGCAUGAAAUAACUUGCCCAAGGUGAUAUAGCUGGCCAGUGGCAGAGCUUGGAUGAGAAUCCGUAUUUCCUAAUCCACACUUCUUAUGGUAUGGCAGCAGAAAAGAUCAGGAAAAGUGGGCUUCCCGCCCUAGCUUUUCUUUCUGUUGCCCCUUUUUAAAUAAAACUUCCAAUUUGAUUUGACUUACAGAUAAAACUAAAAAUAAUUGAGUCUUUAAGGUUUUCAUCUAAUGCUAUCUGAUAAAAUCAGAGAAAGGAAAAGGAUGAAACACAGUUUCUGAAAUCACCAUCUGCAGCUCCGUGCAGAAUAAAGUCUCUGACAAUUAAGUUCAGAGAAAUUUUGUAGAAUGGAGCUUUAGAAAUAGGUUUAUUAUACCAUAGGUUGAACACAUUUUAAUUGCAAAGGACCUUGCCAAAUUACUCUCAUUUUAAUUUUUAUUUGUUUGAUUACUCAGUGGAAAGACCUGGCAACUGCUUCCGAAAAGUCAGCCACUGAAAACCCUAUGAAUCAAGUUCUGUUCUGCCACAUAUAGGGUCACCAUGAAUCCGAGUUGACUCAGCGGCAACUGGUUUUUGGUUCCGUAAUUGCUGGGGAAGUUGAGCAUCUUUCCAUAUGUUUGUGGACCAUUUAUAUCUCUUCUAGGAAUCACCUUUUUUGCGUGAGCGGUUUGUCCUGUUAAUGAUUUGUGUAAGAGUUCUUUGUUGUAUGCGCUGCAAAAGUUUUUCCCAUUUAUGUUUAUUUAGAGUUUCUUUAGCCCUAUAGAAGUUGAUAAUUCUAAUGCAUAGACUAUUUUUUUUUCUCUUUGGUUUGGCAGGGUCUGGUGUUUUAGUUAGAAAGGGCAUCCCUAUCUUAAAGGAUAAAACAAUUUUCCUAUAAUUUUAUUCUUUUUAACCUUUUAGUUUUUAAUCUGCCUAAAGACCCAGCAUACAGGUUAUUAUGUGAGAGAGCUGCAUUUUGAACCCAAAGUGUCUACAGAAGCUGGUGGUCUUAACCACUAUACCCUGCCAUUUUCUUCUAAAUGAGUUAGUAUUCAGAGGGUCCUCGUCUUGUAUUCGGUGUGUAAAUAUCAGGUAUAUCAUUAAGUAAGGAAACUCACUCUCCAACUCCGGGCGUUUCAGUGACGUUGAUGCCAUAGCAGUCUUCUCCCAGUGCUCUCCGUGAAGAAACUCCGCAGUCAAGGGAUGGAAGGAGAGACUGAAGUAGAGGGAAAUUGAAUGUGUCUGUCACAGUGAGUCGUGCUGGGUGGUGGUUCUCUUGGAUGAGCAAAUGUUUUUAAUGCUAAUCAAAGUAUUUUCAACAGUAAGUACUUCUUAAAAGCACAGAGUGAGGACGCUUAGUGUGACAGAAAGGACCUAGGUUCCAUCACCUCUGUUGUCUUUGUUGCGAUAUUCUGUCUUCUCACUUAGCUUUUGCAAAGUUCAUUUUUCCUCACAGAUCUGCGAGGAUUCAUGACGGCUCACGGGCAGCCAGACCAACCUCGAUCUGCGCGGUAUAUCCUGAAAGAUUAUGUCAGUGUAAGUGAACUCUGCUCUUGAUUGCUCUUGAAUAAGCAGGUUGAGAUUGUGUUAUAACUGAGGUUGUACUCUUGAUCCAAGGGAGGUAGCCUCGUAUAAAUCAUGACACUGACUUAUCAACGUAUUGUGAAAGGAAAAUGAAGAGCUAGCUCUAAACACCUGUUAUUAAUGAAAAUGGGAAGUUUAUGUCUGGUUGUCGUAUUUCCUGCAGCCCUUUGCUUGUUUCUGUUAUCUGUUAACAGAUGAUUAUCCCAGUCUUCCUUGUACCGUAGUUGUUUACGUCCCUAUGUCCCUACACCUAGGCGGUAGCGGUAGUAAUACUAGCUAACAUUUAUCAAAAGCUUACUCUGCUGGGAACAGAUCUAAAUGUUUUACACGUAUUGUCAUUAAAAUUAAAAACAUGUAACAAGUCUGUGCGGUUAUUACCCCAUUUUACAAAAGAGAGUAUCACUUAAGUUUUGGGUUUUCCUCAGUAAAAUGGGGAUAAUAACAGCACCUACCUCAUGGGAUUAUUAUGGGGAAUAAAUAAGAACAGUGCGUAUAUAUAUAAAGCACUAAGCUUCAGUGCCUGGCGUUUAAUAAUCUCCCAGUAAUUGUUAGGUGUUAGCAGUGAGUUUAAUCCUUUCCAUGAAUAAGCAUUACAGGGCCCUGUUAAUAACUAGUCAUGAGGAUUUGGCUUUAUUCCCUUUUCAAGACUGUGGCAGUGGUGUUUUUGGAGGAUGGAAAUAAAAGUGGGCAGCCAUAUUCUCUUGCUUUCAACUGAGGAAGAAAGUAGUGGAUGGAAUAUUUGUAUGGGUAAAUUACUUACUCAUCUGCCACUUAAGGCACUGAACCAUGGAAAGAUGAGUUAAAAAACAGUUACAGCUUUUAGAGCAUUGAUAGUGGAGAGGAAGAAGCAGACUUGCACCCAGUGAACAACUGCAGCUCUGCCUGCAGGAGUCUAGGAACGAUCUUGAUUUCAGUGUUCUGGCCCGAUGUCCCCACCGGGGCAUUCAUAACUGUCAGAUUAUGUCAUGGUUUUUGAUUUGCAGAAUACCAUCAUUAUAAUAUGUAGUAUACUGAAAAAUACGAAAUGCAAACAGAGUUAAAAGGAGCACAAGGAAGAAAGAUUCAUUCUAAUCUGGAGGGCUAUGGGAAGAUUUUGUGGCAGAGACAGCAUUUGAAUUAGGCCUUAGAAAAUAGGUUGGCUUUAGACAGGAGAAAUGUGGAGUAGGGGGUGGCGAGUGGAGGGUGGAGGGGACACCUUUUCUAGCUGGAAGGAACAACAUAAUCAAAGGCAAGAGCCGGAGGAGCGCCAGCCACAGCAACAGGGUGUUAAGUGUGGGCAGGGUCCAGGAUCAAAAGAAAGGUUUACCAAUGAAGUUGGACUCUUUUUUGAAGGUAUUAAGAAUUGAUCAGAGAGUUCUGAGCAAGGCAGUGCUCUUUGGGAAGGUAGUUCUGCCUAGACAGGUGACAAGGGAGAGACACUGACUUAUUAAAUAUGGUUUCAUUUUAGGAGGCUGCUGGCUUUGUUGAUAAUGGACGUGAAUGUGCUACUGAAAAUAGAAUGUUGUCUGGUUAUAUGGGCUACCAAUUUUGUAAAAAGUAAAAUGCCAUAAAAUAAUACUAAAAUGUAAUCAAUAACCUUUGACAAUUCAGGAAAUAAUUUAAGAUUGUGUAUUAGUUGUUGUUGUUGGGUGUCAUCGAGUCGGUUCUGACUCAUAGUGACCCCGUGUGCUACAGAACCAAACACUGCUCAGUUCUGUGCCAU